AUGGAUAAGGUGUUCGCCAAGCAAAUUGGACGUAACCUUGAGGUCUAUGUUGAUGACAUGGUAAUUAAAACCAAGUCACCUGCGGAUCAUGUCCAAGACAUAGAGGAGAUUUUUCAACAAAUCCGGCGCCACAAUAUGAGAUUAAAUCCCGAGAAAUGUGUUUUUGGUGUCCAAGGUGGAAAAUUCUUAGGAUUUAUGAUAACUUGCAGGGGGAUCGAGGUGAACCCCGAUAAAUGCCAAGCUCUGAUUAAUAUGCGCAGUCCACAAAAUCACAAGGAGGUGCAAAGGUUGGCAGGCCGACUUGCCUCAUUAUCUUGGUUCAUUCCCAAGAUGGCAGAGAAAGCCAAACCUAUUUUCUCUCUACUCAAAAAGCCAAAAGAUUUCCAGUGGGACGACCAAUGUGAACGAGCCUUUGCCGAUUUCAAGGAAUUCUUGUCUGCUCCCCCCAUCUUGUCUAAGCCAAGCAACCAAGCUCAACUUUUAUUAUACCUGGAUACCGAGAAAAGAUAUCAAACAAUUGAGAAGCUGGCGUUGGCGCUGGUGACCUCGGCUCGCCGACUUCGUCCUUACUUCCAAAGUCACCAAAUUGUGGUCAAGACCGAUUAUCCUAUCAAGCAAAUACUCAGAAAGCUUGAUCUAGCUGGUCGAAUGACAGCUUGGUCAAUUGAAUUAUCCGAGUACGAUAUCAGAUAUGAAAGUCGAGGACCCCUCAAGGCCCAAUGUCUUGCCGACUUCAUUGCAGAGCUCACACCCACCGUCCAAAUUGAAAAUCCAACCUGGAUUUUGCAUGUAGAUGGAUCGCCCACUGUUAAAGGAAGGGGUGCGGGCAUAAUUCUUGAAGGACCCACAAAUAUGAUGCUGGAAUUAGCCAUCAAAUUUGAUUUUCAAGCCACCAACAACCAAGCUGAAUACGAAGCACUCCUAACAGGUUUGAGGUUGGCUAAGAAUGUCGGUGUUAAAAGAUUGAUGUGCUGUAGUGAUUCAAAGUUGAUCACGAAACAAGUGGGAGGAAGCUACCAAACAAAGGAGCCACAACUCCAAAGGUACAAUUUAAUGGUAUCCCACCUAACUUCUUCCUUUGAUGAUUUUCAGAUCAAACAUAUUCCUAGGGAACAAAAUGUACGAGCUAAUCUGUUAUCCAAACUUGCGUCCACCAAACGCCCUGGGCAACACAAAACAAACAUACAAGAAACAAUUGGUGCCCCAAGCCAAGAUCUAAUGGCAAUAUCCACUGACAGCCAAGGACAACCAACUUGGAUGUUUGACAUCUGGAAAUAUCUCACAGACGGAACUUUGCCAGACAACAAAGCUGAAGCAUCCAAGAUCAAAAUUAAGUCUGCUCACUUCAUAAUUGAGGCUGGUGACUUGUUCAAGAAAGGUUUCUCAACUCCCCUUCUUAAAUGCUUAGAUCUAGAGCAAGCUCAGUACGUAAUGGACGAGAUACAUCGUGCCAAAGAUCAUCCAUCAUCAAACAACAAUGAGCUUCUAGAACUCAUCUUCAGCCAACAAUCUACAAAAAAAACUAGCUUCCCUUACCUCCGGUGCGAGAAUCCGAGCUCCGGGAAGAAAACAAGCUUGAACGGAGAAGAAAAGGGGAAGAAGGAGAAGCUUGAGGAAGCUCUGCACGGCUCAGCAAGAAACCCAACACCACUACUCAGCUCCUAA